AUGGAUGCAGCUGACUCUCUUGGCACUUAUUUAGGGAUUCCAAUUGAUAUUCAGGGUUCUAAAGUUCAGCAUUUUACGCCAAUUCUAGACAAAGUAUCAAAGACAAUUAGCAGUUGGAAUCAUAUUAACAUCUCUGAGUCUGCCAAGGUCAUCAUCAUAAAUGCCAUCCUGGUUGGUAAAAUCAUUCAUUAUCUGUUAGUGUUCAAGCUUCCCACAAAAAUUACGAACAAACUAGACAGUAUGUUUGCCUUGUUCUUCUGGAAGGAUCGUCAUGGGAAGGGAAUUCACUGGAAAAAUAAAUCUGUUAUUCAACGGCCUAAACACAUGGGGGCCUUGGUAUCCGAAAUGUGGGCAUUCUCAAUAAGGCGCUUCUUAUGA